GCGCCCACAAUGAAACAGGGAGAGUCUUUGCCAAGAAGUGCUAAAUGUAUGGAGAUACGACCAUAGUCUCGAAUUGGACCCUAAUAAAUUAAUCUUAUAUUAAAAUACGAAUAGUUUUUUUUUUAUUCUCUACACUCGUCACGUACUUUUUCGGGGCGAAUAUAAUUGAUUUGAUGUAAAUGCGGAUAGUUUUACUGUCGUAAAAGCGACCGUAAUGCGGCUCAGCGGCUAAUCCGUGCGACUCGUUUACAUUCAUUUGUUUGCACACGUCGAUUUGAAAGCACGAGGAAUUCAAGUUAUACACAUUUCCAAGAAUGACUGAGUACAAGUUGGUGGUGGUAGGAGCAGGUGGUGUUGGGAAAAGUGCACUCACUAUCCAGCUCAUUCAGAAUCACUUUGUGGAUGAAUAUGACCCCACCAUUGAGGACUCGUACAGGAAGCAGGUGGUGAUCGAUGGCGAGACGUGUCUCCUGGACAUCCUGGACACUGCAGGUCAGGAGGAGUACAGCGCUAUGAGGGAUCAGUACAUGAGGACUGGCGAAGGCUUCCUCUGUGUGUUUGCCAUCAAUAACAUCAAGUCUUUCGAGGACGUGCAUCUCUACAGAGAGCAGAUAAACCGGGUGAAGGACAGCGACAAUGUUCCGAUGGUGUUGGUGGGGAACAAAAGCGAUCUGAGCUCUCGCACAGUAGAGACCCGUCAAGCACAAGAACUGGCUCGGGGAUACGGCAUCCCGUUCGUCGAGACGUCCGCUAAAACACGACAGGGUGUGGAGGAGGCUUUCUACUCUCUGGUUCGGGAGAUCAGGAGAUACAAGGAGACGAACCGCAGCAACAAGAAGAGCAAGAAACACCCACAGAGACGCUGCACUCUUUUAUAGCAAUACUUCUGCCCACUCUUGCACUACAUUCCUGGAAUAGCACUGUGCACAUACAUACACACACCUGCACACACUGCUGUAGCAUCUCAACCCUUCUUCCUCCACUCAGAGCCAAUUUAGAGUAAAGUCCCAUUUAGGAAGCCCAAACAGUGCCAUGGCUGCUAUAUGCUCUUUUUUUUUUUUUUUCUUUUCCCCCCCCCAAUACGUUUGCAGUGGGGUUUAAAUGGUUUGCCAAAUGCAGAGGUUCCUACUUGGGCUUUACAUAUUGUAAAUCCUUAUCGUUUAUGUGGCAUUGGACUUGUUUUAUAGAACUUUUUAUCCUGCCAUAUCCAUAUUUUGUAGCAUUUGUGUACUCAAAUCUCCAGUUCACCUCAACUUUUAACACCAUGACUCGGUUAAAGGGUUUCAACAGAGCUAGUGCACUACCUGUAACCACUAUGAAAUUGUGCUUGCAAGGUUGCUAUGCAGUUUCCACCACCAUGACCACGAACAAUGAGUUCAAGCUGCUCCUUAUCUUUCUCUCUGUCUCCACACACUCUACUUCUCUCUGCCUCAUUCUUAGGCUUUCUUUACUGCAAGCAAAGCUUAAGAGAUGAUUGUAUUUUCUCAUUUUCAUCGUUACGAAGCAGGAAAUACGGCCGGAUACAUUUAUUUUGAAUUUAUCGAAGCCUGACAUCUUGUGAUACCUGAUGCAUUCCUCUCAUCAGAAAGAGGAGACCACCUUAGGAGUUGAAUGGGAUUUUGUUAAUAAAAAGGGUUUUGGCUAAAA